AUGUCCAUUCAACUUGGCGGACACCCGAUGCAGGUUUUCCAAAGCAGUGGCGCACGCCUGCUCAGGCGUUCGCUGUUAACAACCACCACUUCGUUCGCGCCUGCGUGUAGCAGAAGCGCAAGCUUCUUUCGCCCCCUAGAAUGGGUGAAAGAGAAACUGGGACCCGGUGUCAAGGAGGCACAGACUACUGAACAAGUCCAAGUUGCGAAAGAAUUGGCCAAGCAAGAAGGAACGGCCAACUUAUUUGAUGAUAUCGCCGAAGCAAAAAUCAAACCGGUCUCUCGAGGGAAAGAAGGCGGUAGUGAAGAUGUCGUCCGAAAGUCCAAAGGUAUCAGCAAACCGAAGCCCAAUUUCCACAAAUACUCGACAGCUAACUUCAAAAUAUCGCAUCGCAAAUUAAAUAUGCUCGGGAAGCAGAUAUCAGGAAAACCAAUAGAUUAUGCCAUCCUGCAGAUGCAGUUCAGCGAAAAGCGUGCCAGCACGCGCAUCAUGAACAUGCUCGCUACUGCUAGAGACCAUGCCACUCGAUAUAAGAAAUUAUCAGAGGGAAAGCUUGUUGUCGCCGAAGCAUGGGUAACUAAAGGUCCUCGUCUUCCUGCUAGAAUGGAAGCUAGAGGAAGAGGUCACUACGGCACUCGAACACACCCGAACUCAAAACUCAGUGUUGUUUUGAAGGAAGGCAAGACGAUAGAGCAGGAAAAGGCUGCUGCGAGGAAAAGGAAGCUGAAGAAAAUUGUGUCUGCUGCUCUUGUCCGUGAAGAUAAACCAAUUCGGAACCCUUCGCCAACAUGGGGCUGGUAA